GGUAGGCAUUAAAGGAAUAAUUAUCCUUUACUUUCUCCGGCUAUUUCGUUGUAAAUAAUGAACCCCCAUGAUGUCGUAUUUCUCUCUCUCUCCUAUUCUUCCCCUGUUUAACUGAUUGUUGAUACAUAGAGAAGUGUUUCUACACUUACCACAUAUAUCCAUAUAUAUACAAAUAUGGCGUUUCUCGUGAUCCAUGAACAGUAUGCAUGAUAUUCUUGUAGUGGGGUUUUCUUGUUUUUUUUUUUAAGGAUUAUUAUAAUUGGAUCUUCUAGGAGGAGAGAGAGAAAGAGACCUUGUAUUUUUGGGAUAUUAGUUUCUUUAUAUUGAAAUGAUCUCAUUUUCUUGAGAAAGUUAUCAGGAUAUUUUAAAGAAUUUGGAUUGUUGCAGCUUCAAAAGUGGCUUCUUUUUUGCCCGAAAAGGAAGAGAGCUUCAUAAUAGGAUUUUGUAAACUGUGGGAAAAAUGCUUAUAUAACAAAUGGGUGUCUUUUGACCAGAAUGAAUCCUCAGGCCUUCAUUAGGCUCUCAAUAGGAUCGCUUGGAUUGAGAAUGCCUGGGACACCUUUAAGUGGUGCAAAAUCUAGGAGAAGUGAAUUAUCUUUUCCCUGUGUGUGUGAGAUCCGUCUUCGAGGUUUCCCUGUGCAAACAGCAUCGAUUCCAUUGGUAUCUUCGACUGAAUCUACUCCAGACACUAACAAUAUCGCUUCCAGUUUUUAUCUUCAAGAAUCUGAUUUGAAAGCGUUACUGACACCUGGCUGUUUAUUAAAGCAUCAUGCAUGUCUGGAGAUAGUUGUUUUCAGAGGACGCAAAGGAACUCACUGUGGUGUUGGUAUUAAAAGGCAACAGAUUGGGACAUUUAAGUUGGAAGUAGGUCCUGAGUGGGGUGACGGACAACCAGUCAUUCUGUUCAAUGGCUGGAUACGCAUUGGCAAGAACAAGUGGAUAAAUGGAAGCCCUGGAGCAGAGCUUCAUUUGAGAGUGAAGCUAGACCCCGAUCCAAGAUAUGUUUUCCAGUUUGAAGAUAAGACCAAACUAAGUCCUCAAAUUGUUCAGCUUCAAGGAACCAUCAAGCAACCUAUUUUUUGUUGCAAGUUUAGCCAAGACCGGGUAUCUCCACGAGAUCCACUGAGUAAUUUUUGGUCUAGCCCUUUUGAUGGCUCCGAGCUGGACAUUGGAAAAAGAGAGAGGAAAGGAUGGAAGGUGAAGAUACAUGAUCUCUCUGGCUCGGCUGUUGCAGCAGCCUUCAUAACAACUCCUUUUGUGCCUUCAACAGGUCGUGAUUGGGUGGCCAGAUCCAACCCAGGAGCUUGGUUGAUUGUUCGUUCUGAUGUUUGCAGGCCUGAAAGCUGGCAGCCAUGGGGAAGACUUGAAGCAUGGCGCGAACGUGGUGGGAUCAGAGACUCCAUUUGCUGUCGCUUUCAUCUACUAUCCGAGGGUCAGGAACACGGGGAUCUUCUCAUGUCUGAAAUCUUGAUCAGCGCUGAAAAGGGUGGGGAGUUCUACAUAGACACGGACAGACAGGUACGAGCAGCAUCGACUCCAUUGCAUAGUCCAAGAGGCAGUGGAGACUAUGCGGCACUAAGUCCAGCAGCAGGCGGGUUUGUCAUGAGCUGUCGGGUGCAAGGGGAAGGGAAAUGCAGCAAGCCCCUUGUGCAGCUUGCCAUGCGACAUGUCACCUGUGUGGAGGAUGUUGCCAUUUUCAUGGCUCUUGCAGCUGCAGUUGAUCUGAGCAUCGAAGCAUGCAGGCCUUUUCGCAGAAAGCUCCGUAGAAGUGCUAGCCAUUCCUGGUGAGAUACGUAUAUACAUAUAUGUCAUACUGGUUUUCUGAGCCCCUGUAUCUCUCCCAAAUUGUUGUAAUAACUUGACUUGCUGUACAGAGUUUUGAUCUAUAUUUACUUCUCUUCUGGAAGAUGUACUCAUUUCCAUUUUAACACUUGUCAAAGGCAUACAGGAUAAAUUGUAAUACACUAAUGGCUGU